AUGUUUAAAAAAAUUGAGCAAAAGUGUCGGCCUAUGAAUCGAGCACCAAGCGCACCAAUACUUCACGCUGAAUCAUCAUCGCAUUCAAUGACAUUAUACGAAAAGCAUCUUUUCCUUUUAGCUACUGAUCAUGUCAUACGAAAGGAAGUUGCAUUGGGUAAACGAAUCGGUUUAUAUACAAUAGGCAAAGAAUUAGGCACAGGAAAUUUUUCGAAAGUUAAACUUGGUGUUCAUGUUUUAGCAAAAGAAACAGUUGCGAUUAAAAUAAUCGAAAAAUGGAAAAUUGACCAACGCGCUCGUCAACUUUUUGCGCAGGAGAUUAAUAUCAUGGAAAAAUUAGAUCAUCCGAAUAUUAUUCGACUUUUUGAGUGUAUUGAAACAUUUUCACGAACAUUUUUGAUUUUGGAAUAUGCUGGUGGUGGUGAACUUCACGAAUAUAUUCUUAAGAAAAGAAAAUUAUCCGAUGAUGAAGCGAAAUCGCUAUUUUCACAGAUCGUUUCCGCUAUUUCUUAUAUGCAUUCAUUGAAUUUCGUACAUCGUGAUAUAAAAGCGGAAAAUAUAAUUUUUUCACGACCUGAUGUCCUUAAAUUAAUUGAUUUUGGAUUUUCAUGUGGUUGUCCUGACGAUACUAUGUUAUCGACAUCUUGUGGCUCACCACCGUAUGCAGCGCCUGAAUUAUUUCGUGAUAAAAAUUAUUCGGGUCCGAUGGUCGAUAUUUGGGCGCUUGGAAUCCUUUUAUAUUUUAUGUUGACCGGUGAAAUGCCUUUCAAAGGUGAUACGUUUAAUGAUUUAAAGUUGAAUAUUCUAGCUGGCCAUUAUACUUUUCCAGAGGAUGUCAACAAUUAUGCUCGAUAUUUGAUUAGUGCUAUGUUGGAAAUGGACUAUCAAAAACGAAUAAACAUUAAUGAAAUAACGAAGAUGUAUUGGUUAAAAGAUAAUAAAAUUUCAAUAUCAUAUAUGUGUUAUAAUUCGGCGAUUGGUUCAAGAAAAUCAACUGAAAAUAAAAUAAUUCGUGAAAUUUUUGAAACGCUACGUUAUUAUGGUAUCGAUGAAAAAAUGAUCGAAGAAAAUAGAACUAAGGAUUUGAGGAAUUCUAUAACUGGAUUAUAUAGGAUAACUUUACAUCAGGCAUUAAUUAAAGAAUAUAAUCAGAAAUUAAAGGUGAUUAUUUUUAUAUUAGUAGGAAUUAAUGAAUUAAUCAGAAAAAUUAAAUAUGAUUAUUUUUUGAUCAGUAAAAAAAUCCUUAUUUUAAAUUCGAUAGGUUUUUUUCUAAGCAUAAAUUUGUUUCUUCCGCGAAUGUCCAAAAUCCAAGAUAUUUCUAUAACCUAA